AGCUGCACAUCGGGUCGGUCGCCUGUUUUGCUCCACACUGAAAGGAUGUCCCGUUUCGUUUCGGCAUUGCGACGGUAACUUUCCUCCCAUCCGGCGCCUGGUGGUAGUGGUGAUAGUAAAGCUAGCAAUGCAUUGUUUGUAGCGUGAAUCAAGCACAUGGCGUAUAAUUUGAUGAUGGCAAUGACGGUUGUAGCGGGCGAGUGAUGACGAGUGAUGCAUUAGUAGUAGUGGUGUUGCUUCGAUAUUGGUAAUGGUGAGAGCAGCGUGGCAGUGUGUAACUAUUUAACUAGAAAUUAUUAUUAGUUGUUGUUGCUGUUGUGGGCGGUGACGCGUGCUACGAUUGAAUACUACUUUCAGGCGUCCCAUGAAUGGUGAAUUUUUCGGCGAUCGUUGGUGGAAUGGGGUGAGCUGUUUUUUUGCGGCUGCUGCUGCUACCACUGCCGCGAGGGUGGUAGCGUUCCUUGACGGUUUGUUACAAAAACAGACGUGCCACGACGGCAUUCGACUAGUUUCGUUUCUGCGUUCGGGCGAAUCACUAGCGAAAUUCUUGAAGGCAUUUUCAUCGCGUAGAAAAAUCCACCACGAAUAAUGCUUUGUUUUCACGUGUGUGUAGCAUUCCGACAAAGAAAAAAUAUAAACUAGUUGAACAAGAAAAAAAAGGAAAACAGCUAAAACUUCGUUCCGAUUUGGACAGAAAGAGAGACUGAGGAAAAAUUAAAUUUUCUUCGCUCUGUCUAUCGUUUGUUCGAUAUCCAUCCGCGAGAAAAUUGUUUGUUUGUUUUGCUGUCUGCCCUAGCCUUGGGGGAAGACGAAGAAAAAAGUUCCUUUUAUGCUUGGCUCCCCUUCUUUGAAAGUGCGCUAUAAAUCAUAACGUAAUAAAUUUGUAGCAAUUUCGUUCCCUUCUGCCGAAAGCGUACAAAAGUCAGACAGACUGCGAGGCAGUAAUCUUUCAGCCGUGUAAAGUCGCUGCUAGCCGGAAUACAAAUUUGACUAGUCGAAAAGUUUCUGUUUGCUCUCGAUAGGUCCUGGAAUAAAGACCCCACUCCAGCAAGUAUCUAUUCGGGCGUAAGAAUUCACAAACAAACGCGCCUAAGCGUAUGCCAUAUGCACAUACGUUCCAUACGCGACGCUUAAAGGCGGUAAAAACGAUACCACCGGUGUAGAGUGCGGAGACCGUAAACGCGAUUCCGCAUUAAUGUGAUUAAUGAUGUGCGAAAGCGAUUAGUGAAAUUAGGCAGUUUUCGGGGAGGUCGCCGAUUGGCUUAUGCCAGAACUGCCGAAGUGUGAGGCGUAAGUCAGACGUGAAUAUUUGGUUUUAGUGUUAUUCCGCUGCGUGGCGAUAAACGACCUGAUGAUGAUAAUGGUGAUGUGCGUUUGAUGGGCGACUGCGAAGCAGAAGCCUACCGAGGGAACAAACGACAACCGAGCAGAGUGCGAGCAGCGUGUUAGGAAGCAGUCGAGAAGAAGAUGAUGCUGAAAAAAUGUGCUGAGUGAUAGCGAAUAAGAUCUCUUGUGCGUUGUCGCGCGGAUGGAAGGGACGAAAGAUUAGUGGUUAUUUUUCGUGCAAAUCAUUGAGAAGUGUAGAUUGUUUAUUUUUUUUCUUCCGGUCUGUCUCAGUGCUCGGUGAACGGCAGCAAGUUUGGGUGAAGAGGAGUGCGAAGUUGUUGACAUCCUGGCUGGUACAGUGACGUGCACGUGCAUUCACUGAACCACGGCCAGUGGUGCCUAAUCCAGUGCUGCCUCCUCGUUACUGCCGGUAGACCAGACAAGGGGUGCUACAAUGGAAUUCAAACCAUCCAACACGGCCACAAUAGCGACGAUAGACAAAGGCAACCCCCCGCUACCGGCCAGCCUGCUGCAUCCGCCCGCCUCCCCCACCAAUGUUGGCUGUUGUGCGAUAGGACGCCGUACGCCCCCACGGCCACCGUCGGAGAUCUACUUCGAAAGUCGGGGCAAGUGCUGCAAGAAGCUGCUACGAUACAACGGAUAUCCCAAUAAGGUUCUGUUGUAUCCAGAAGAAGGAUGGGCACGCAGUGCCGCUUCCAGCUACUGGACGAUAUCGCCUUGCCGGUGGCGACGCAAUCGCUGCAUCGUAGAAGAGGUUGCCGGUUCAAGAAAACAAUCCACCCAAGGACAAAUGAUCGUCGUUGGGGAUGGAGCACUACUCAUAGUAGGCACAUUCAAAAGACGAGUUCCUGAUCCUGACUUUAAGCUGUACCUGUCCUCUAACAUCACGCUGGCCGACUACAACAUGGGUUACUGUCUGACGGGAACGCUCGAGCGAGGCGAUGCUCGGUCCAACCAAUUCCAGACGACCCACUUCGCCGUGAUCCGACGAUGCUGGCCCGCCCAUGAACCGGACACCUCACAUAAGCACCAGCAGCACACCUACAUUGAUUUUCUCUUCAAUCGAUGAUAGCAGCAUCAACAACGGUGAGGGGUUUGGUUAGUUGGUGCACUCCACACACAGCACGAGAGCUAUCCUAAAUCCUAACAGAUAGUAUACAGAAGAUAGUAAUAAUAAUGUAAUGGCGAAAGAGCGAUGAAACUAAAUCACCAAAACAUAUACGUACUGAAAGUAAAGGAUAUACGAUGUCAGGCAUGCUCAUAAAACUGUAUUCCUGCUAGAAGGUGGGCGGAUGGCCUGGUGUCGGAAGCCGCCCAUAAAAAAACGCCCAUAAUUUUCACUGAUAUAAAUUUAAGUAUCUCUUCACUAGCACGGAAGGACCCCGGGAUUAUCGGAGGUGUUUUUUUAUUAUGCUCCGUUAAUAAAAACAAAACAAAGAAAAAUCAAACAGACAUGAGGUUUCGCCUUUAGUGCGGAAGCUUAGUCACUCGGAAAAAAUAAAACAGGAAUUGCUCGUUUAUAAGGAAACUCACCGGACGGAGCGGUUUUAUUUUUCGUGCGUGCUGUUAUUUCCUUGGAAUGUUUACUGCGUUAACUGCUUACGGGAUACAGCUCCGGGCUCUAAGGUACCAGAUGUGGAAACUGAAAACCAACAGCUCACACUAGUUGGCGUUAACGUUUGGGUGGUCCAUCAUCUGAUGAUAAAAUGAUUAUGAUAAAUAUAGUAUUAUAAUUAUCUGUAUAAAAAAUAUUGUCUGCCAUGCUUCUAGAUAGAAUCUCGAAAUUUUUCACAACAUCAAAUCAAAUGCAAUGUUGAUCGUGAACCUUCUGAAUGUAACCAAUACCACACGAAUCGAUUCAACAGUGGCUGUGAAAAUCCAGUUAUAAUUUUUGACACCACUCCAGCUUGUCUAACAGCCAAUGACAGUGGCCCGAGUUAUGGGUUCACGGUAAGGUGAAUUUCCUUGAUCCAGUUUUGUUUGAAUACCUUUUUCAAGCAGGAUUGGAGCGAUUUUAACCGUUCCCACGUUUUGCAGUGGAUAAAGUACAAGGAAACGGUAUCGCGAUUGGAAUUCGUGAUCAAUUUAAAUUUACAACACUUUCUCAAGGAUUGUUAUCCCCAGAUUUUGUUUCGCCUUACGGUCCGGUGCAACUUGUGACUUAAAACUUCUUUAAGAGCCCUUGAGUUUUUAUUUUCUAAACAUAGAAUUGCGAAAUCCUCUCAAUUGCAUCUUUAAUUUUUAUUAAAAAAAAGUCUUUUCUGAAUAAAUUCUACCCCCGGUUACCUUUGCUUCACUACCACUACCGUUCUCCAAACCGGGUAAAGGCCCUGUAUAUGGGAAUGAGAUGAAAAUUUACCCAACCUACGAGCCGAUAGUUCGAGAUUCUCAUGAUAGUCGUGAAAUUAUAGAUCAUUGAACAAAGUUUGAUUCUUUUUGUUCUCAAUAAGAUUGUGUCCUAUUUCACCAUAGAUGAUUUAAUUAGACUGAAAGUUGGUGCAAUUUAUCCUUGACCGUGGCUUAUGUAUACGGUAGCAACAUGUACGCCAAGAAAAUUAAAAUCCCAGAAAAAAACAUCGAUUGGACGACGCUGAGCCAAAUACGCUGGGUUACGUAAUUUUUUUUUUUUAUUAACUCGUUUAUUUGACACGGCACAAUACCUCUAGGUUUACGGUGCCAGAUACAAAAAAUAAAAUAAAAAACGCUACUGCUGCUGUAUAUUAUUAUUUGUUGCAUUUGGUUUUCUUGUUGUUGGGCCAUUUCGGUUGUUACUGCGCGUCGUGGUCCUUUUCCGGGGAGGUGAACCAAUAUUCUUGCCUGCCUCCGGGUCAGAGCAAAUCAUGUCGUUCUCGCUGGCUGACAUCUCGCUAUCGCUUCCAUUCGAGGUUUUGUACUUUCGGAGUCUUCGUUUUAUCUCUUUAAACUCGAUGGCAUCAGUAUCAGGUAAGUUGUCCUUAGUUUGCGCUGAUGUAUCUUGGACCGAUGUUUUUUCCGUUGCUGUUUUAGUUGUUGGCAGUUUCGCAUUUGGAUUUUGUGUUGUUGUCUUCGUUGUUUCCGUUGAUGGUAAUUUCUUUGAUGACUGUUUACUUCUUUUUUCGUCGUUGGCUGUCGAGGAUGACGAACUGUAUUUUACCGCUUUGUUGCAGGGGUUUCCCGGAUGAGCUUCUAAGCCACACCAUUGGCAAGUUGCGCGUUGGUUUUUGUAGGUAACCAAACUUUGUUCGGAGUAGGUUCGACCGGCAAAUGUGACAAAACUCGGUAUUGGUUUGGUUAAACGCAUACGCACAAUACGUACGCCAUUGUAAACUCCCGGAAAGAAGUUUUUCCACGUGUCGUGUCUAAUAGACAACACUUCUCCAUACUCGCCUAUCACACGUUCUAUUGACCUCGGACUAAACGCCCUUGGAAGGUCAUGGAUGCGUACAUCAAUAGCAUUGUCUACCAUAUACACCGGAAUCAAAUAGUUUAACUGCUCAUUCCGAAUACGAUGUUUCAUGUUAUUUUCGUUUAUAAAUUUUUCAGCGGCAUCGAGUAGCUUGAAUGUUAUCAGCACACAAUUGCGCACAUGAUGCAUUUGUAUACUAUCCACUUCAUCGAUAUUGAUUCUCAUUUCACUUUUGAUUAUUUUUUCAACUUCACGUAUCGGGGGGCGCGGGACACAGGAUGCAAAGUCAAUCACGGCUGUGUUAACACGCAUCACACAAGGUCCACCUUCAGAGUUAGCCUUUCGCAGCUGCGCUGCAAUGGUAUUGCCUUCCAUUUCUUCGCACAAUCAAAAAGAAAGCCAAUGUAGCAGAACUAAACAAAAGAACGGCAGCGCGCAGAUCACUUGUUUGUGGAGACAGAGUUUUGUACGUGCUGUUCGGAAGAAGCGACAAGCGAGACUGGGGUUACGUAGUUUACACAGUAAAAAAUUCUGAAUUUAACACGUCACGCAAAAUAUUUUCUCAUUUAAAUUUCAGUUACUUCUGACGUAAACCGCGAUUUUGUUUGAAUUUUAUGUAAAAUAUCAUUUGAAUUUGCUUAGAAUAUUAUAAAAUUUUCUAUCAGUCCUUUUUCGUAAAAUAUUGCUAGUCAUGGCACGAGUAACGCAACAUUAAUGACAUAAGUUUCCUACUAUGAUUGCUUUUUCCUAUUCAAUAACAAUAAAUUACAUUUUAAUUGUUUUUGGAACCACUUUAGUAAAAAAUAAACAGAACACCCUAAUGAAAAUUUAGUUUAAUUAGGUAUAAUGAACAAUAAAAUAAUUUACACCUGGUUUGGAACGAGUUGUGAAAAUGACCAGAAGCCAGUUUUCGAACAUUCCAUAGUUAGCCUUCGGUUGCCCAGAAAGCGGCUAAGUUCCAAAAGGUCGAAUUUCAGCCAAAAAAUUAUUUUUCGAGAUAAAACUAGAUAUCGACGUUUUAGGCAUUUUUAAGUCAUUUGGCAUCGAAGAAAAAGUUUUGAUUUUCCCAAUUUCAUGUACCUUGGUAGAUUUUCGAGGGUCGAAAAAUCACAACUUUGAGCGCUUUGAGGCACCCCUAAAUCAUGUCCGAUUGAGCUAAAAUUUUGCACAGAUGGUUUUUCGGGCAAUGAACUAAAUAUACAUGUUCAAUUUUUGAAAUUCGAUGAUGAAUUUUUUCCAUACAUUCCCUUAUUUCAAUUAUUUAAAUUGUUUUAUGGUUUCCUUCUGAAUUGACUUGGUCUCUGGUGGAAAAUCUGAUUUAAUUCGUCAAAUAGUGAAUGAACUUUCAUACGGAAUCCCACUAUUUUUUAAUGAGCAUCCCAACUCUAAAAUGGUGUAUGAAACUCAACAAUAUUUUUGCGCGGGAAUCUCUGAUAUAAUAGCAAAAGCUUUUCUUCUAGUUCUAGGAGAAGUUGACUGUGGUUUCCUUGUUCGGUUGGUCGUUUCACCUAAUCGCGUCCACAUGCUACGCAACCCACGACUCUGCUGACACCCAUCAUUCCUAAUGGUAGUUUGGUCCUCUGCCAGAAGCGUUGUUCGAUUCCGUAGUGAAUUCGAUUCGAUCGAAGCGCCUUCCAAAGAGAAACAUUGGCACAAUUCCCAGCCUGGAUGAGUUUUUGGAUUUCUCUGCUGGUAUCGUUGUCGGUGGUUUUCAGAUACCACAAUACACGAGCUCCUCAACCACCUCAAGCUCUUAGCCGACUACAAAUACUUGAGUUUGAAGGCUCGUUGGAUCCAGUAGUAUGUAUUUAGUUUUCGAAGCAUUUAUCCGCAGUUCGAUUCAUCUAACUUUGGCUUUCAGUCGGGCGUAGGUUACCUCCACCGUUACUCCAGGUCAUCCGUGAACCGAGAAGCUGAACCUACCUUGUUAAAAUCGUGUGUCGAUGGCUGCCGGAUCACAAACUCAAGGGCGAUGUUAAACAAAAAAAAAGGUCCGUCACCUUGUUAAUCCUCUACACGAUUCAUAGGAACUAGGGAGUAUCCCCGAAACACCCACGUAGCACAUCACUUUCAUCCUUGGCGGUCUUGAUGCAUGAUCUGCUAUAGCUAUUUUCGAUCGACUUGUCGAAGGCCGCCGUGAACUGCACAUUGUGUUCACGACAUUCCUGUAAGAUCUAUCUGAUUUGGAGUUGGCGGGCUCCCGUAAAGCCCGCUUGGUACUGGUCCAUGAAACCUCUGGUUAAGGUGAUUGACGAUGGAACAGGAGAGUAUUUAGCAGGUGGCAUUGAUAAGCGAGAUGCCAUAGGGAUUGCGGCAUUCCAACUUGUCGCCUGUUUUUAGGUGGGACAGAUGACUUCCUUCAUCCACUCAUCUGGUAGCGUUCCCACCUUACAAAUACUGGAAAAGACUCAGUGCAGAGCGUUAGCCAACGCCGAUGCUUGAAGAGCUUUCUCGGCAUUCGGUCUUUGCCAGCAGCUUUGUUGUUCUUCAGCUUCCUGAUGUCAUUGAGAACUUCAUGGACAAGUGGGCUGGUACUCGGUCAUCUGCUGUUGGUGCUCCUAGGUCAGUUCCUCCUCCAUUAAGGUGCCCAGCAAACCAGAAGUCGUAUAAGGAUGUUAAUUCCAAGUCGUUCAAAUAUGUAUAUCAAGUUGAAAUUACACAAGAUGCAGCAAUAAAUUUGUUUAUAUCGCAUCUCAACAUAUAAAAAUGCAGCUCUGUCUGUCUGUCUGUCUGAUUCAUAUAGGCUUGGAAACUACAUACAACAUAUAGCCGUGAAAUUUUGUAUACAGGGGUUUUGGGGGCCGGAAAAGGUGACUAAGAUACUUCGAGACCCCUCCCUCUUCUGGAAGGGAGGGGUCCCAUACAAAUAAAACACAAAGUUCUGCACAUCUCCAAAACCAAACAAGCAAAUGGAAGCAAAUUUGGCAAGUGGAUGCUUUUAGGGGUAACAAAUAUAUCCAUAAUGGUUUGACACCCUUCCCUCUUCUUGAAGGGAGGGGUUCCAUAUAAAUGAAACACGAAUUUUACACAGCUCGAGAACCGAUCCACCAAAUACAACCAAAUUUGGCAUGUGAAUGUACAUAGAGGAAACAAAUAUGUCCAUAAUGGUUCGGCACCCCUCCCUCUUUGGUGAGGGAGGGGGUUCCAUACAAAUGAAACAAAAUUUCUGCUUAUCUCGAGAGCUAACGAUCUAAAUGAAACCAAAUUUGGCAAGUGAAUGUUUUUAGGUGUAACAAACAUGUCCAUAAUGUUUCGACACCCCACCCUUCUUCUGGCAUGUCUCCAAAUACCAUUUCGAAAUCCAAGAUGGCGACUUCCGGUUUUUGAAAAACAGCAGCAAAUGACCAAAUACCACCCAAUAUGGGUAUUUCCAGAAUUGUUAUGACGCACCGAAGCCACAAAUCGACCUCCGACAACAUUUUGAAUUGUAAGAUGGCGACUUCCGGUGUCUGGAAAACAGCCGAAAAUGACCAAAUACCACACAAUAUGAGCGUUUCUUUAACCAGAUUGACGCACGGAGGCCAGAAAUUGUUCUCAAAUGUCAUUUUAAAAUUCAAAAUGGCGACUUCCGGUUUCCGAAAAUAGCAGCAAAUGAUCAAAUACCACCCAAUAUGCAUAUUUCCGGAAUUGUUAUGAUACACUGAAGCCACAAAUCGACCUAUCAACCUCAGACAACAAUUUGAAUUGUAAGAUGGCGACUUCCGGUACCUGGAAAACAGCCGAAAAUGACCAAAUACCACACAAUAUGAGCGUUUCUUUAACCAGAUUGACGCACGGAGGACAAAAAUUGUUCCCAAAUGUCAUUUUAAAAUUCAAAAUGGCGACUUCCGGUUUCCGUAAAUAGCAGCAAAUGAUCAAAUACCACCCAAUAUGCAUAUUUCCGGAAUUGUUAUGAUACACUGAAGCCACAAAUCGACCUAUCAACCUCAGACAACAAUUUGAAUUGAAAUCGAAAUGAUGUAAAGAAGCCAAGCAUUGACCCUGGACACCAUUUUGGAUUCGAAGAUGACCACUUUCAGUUUCUGGAAAACAACGAAAAUAACUGUAAUGCACCCAAUAUAUUUCCGGAAUAGAGGUGAUGUACAAAAGCCAAAAGUCGAGGAUGUUGUCAUUCUGAUAAAACCAAUCAUUUAUUUAUUUAUUUAUUUAUUUAUUGAAAUGAAUCCAUCCGACUAGCAGUCUUAAUGAAUAAUCGAGUGUAUGGCUGGGAAAAGCCACCUUGAAAGUCACAGAUAGGCGACUAUUAAGGCGGCAUAAAAACCCAGCAUCUUUUUUAAAAAACAAAAACAUAUACAGAGAUAUUACAAAAAUUUGAUACAGAUAACAUAGAUAAAGUCAAAACAAACAAUGCACAUUAAUUAACUAUACUAGAAAUUAAAAUUAACAUUUUGACGAUUAUAAACCAAAGCCAUCCGACGAACAGGUUCAUGCUGGCCAUAAUUCGUGCGGUGUGCGUUGGUCUGCAGUAAUCGCUGAUGACGUUGUGGACGAAGAGGGCAUUGCAGCUGAAGCAUUGUCAAGAUAGCGGGGCAGUCAUAGCAACCAGUGAGGAUUUUGUGCACAGUUCUGGCCAGUAUGUCCUUACGACGUUCUUCAAGGGGUUUUAUCCCCACCAGCAGGCAAAGGUUUUCGUAUGGCGGCAAAUUAUCAGGGUUCCUCCAUGGCAAUCUGCGACAAAUCCUUCGGAUGAAGAGCUUUUGAAUGCGCUCGAUUCGCUGUAUCCAAAAAUCGUAGUACGGGUCCCAAACAACGCAGGCAGUUUCUAAAACUGAGCAUACCAGAGAGCAGUAGAGUGUGCGCAUAGUACCAGGAUCGUGAAACUCCUUUCCAAUCCUAAAUAUUAAACCAAGUUGACGAUUGGCUUUAUUGAUGAUCGCAGAAUAAUGCUGCCUAAAUGACAUACUGGUGUCCAACAAAACACCCAAUUCAGUGACAACGUCGCUACGAUGUAAAUAAGUGCCAGCGAUACGAUAGUCGAAAAGCAACGGCUGUUUUUUGCGCUGGAAGCUGAUCACGGUACAUUUGGGAAUGCUCAGCAUCAUAGCAUCAUAGUUGCGUAGGCACCAGUCGUUGAAAGCAUCGAGUAACGUUUGAAGUCUAUAGCAAUCAUCAUAAUUCUCAACAAUUUGAAAUAUUUUAGUAUCAUCAGCGUACAAUAGUCGUGUGCCAGGUGGUAGAACUUUAGUUACAUCAUUAAUGUACAAAGAGAAAAGCAGCGGCCCAAGAAUGCUGCCUUGAGGAACACCAGAAUUGUUGCUGAACCAAGCGGAUUGCGACGUUCCCAACUUUACCGCGAUCUGUCGGUUGCGUAGAUAAGAACUGAGCCAUUUUACCAGUCCAGUUGAAGCUCCAAGCUUGUCGCAUUUUGCACAAAGUAAUCCAUGAUCAACACGAUCAAAAGCAGCUUUCAGGUCCGUGUAAACAGCAUCAACCUGAAGACCACGAUCCAUACCACGCAAGCAGAGUGAAGUGAAUUCCAGCAAGUUAGUAGAAACGGAUCGACCAGGGUAAAACCCAUGCUGAGCGGUAGAAAUAUAGCUUUUUAUGCUGAACAUGAGAUGAUUGUGGACAAUCGUUUCAAAAAUUUUUGAACAAGCACACAAACAAGAGAUCCCACGAUAGUGUUCCACAUUUCGUUUAUCACCUUUUUUGAAAACCGGAUACAUCAAAGAUUCUUUCCAGCUGCGAGGAAAUUGAUGACAUUGAAGGGAAAGGUUGAAAAUAGCGGCUAGCGGUGACUUUAAAACUGCAGCGCAUUUCUUCAGGAUAACGGCAGGAAUACCAUCGGGUCCAGGAGAGAAUGAUUGUUUCAGGUUGCAAAUGGCUUCAGCAACUUCUUCGUUUGAGAUUGUAAAGAUAUCGGCGCAAAAUGUGUCACUAGGAACAGGAAACAUGGCUUCAGCAAUUUUAUCCGAGGAUGCACACUCGCUAUUGAAAACACCAGCAAAAUACUUGGCAAACAGAACGCAUUUAUUGUCAUUCGUGGACGCUACACUAUUUGACAUAAACAUGCUAGAUGGUAAUCCAUCCUCCUUACGUUUCGAAUUAAGAAACCUCCAAAAGCUUUUCGGGUUCGAACGUAGGUUGUGUUCUGUUCUGCGCACGAAAGACGAAUAUAGUUUUCUGUUUAGGGCUUUAUAUGAUCGACUGGCAGAGGUGAGACGGAUCCUAUUGACGGGGUUUCCGUUUCUUUGAUAGGCACGCAGGGUUGAUUUGCGAGCACGAUUGAGCCUAGCAAGAUGCCUGUUUCCCCAGGUAGGCUUAUAGCGAGGACGAACUUUGGGAAUAUAUGAAUGUAUAAGUUCCUGAAUCAAUGCAGUAAAUCGUGACACGGCCUCAUCCAAAUUUCUACACUGGUUGAUAAAGCUCCAAUCGAUACCUCUCAGUGCCAAACUUAUCGCCUCAUAGUUUCCCCGCCGAAAGUCGAAACUGGAAGGAUCGAACUCAUCUACAAACUGAGCCUUUACAGGUCUGUUGAAGGUAACCAUCAAUGGUGGAUGAUGAACAUCAAUGUUACACAGAGGAUCGGGUGCAGUGGUGACGGAGCAUGAUGGCAAAGCGUGCAAAUUUGCAAAAAUUAAAUCUAGGAACCGGCCAUUCUGAUUCCGAACAGAAUUGAUCUGAAACAUGUUGUUAAAAGCCAUGCCGUCUAACAAAUGUGUACUACCAGCGUUCACAGAUGAGUGCAGGGCGUCGACAAUAAGAUAAUUGGACUGUGGCUGCAUCGACCAGGAUAGACCAGCGCGAUUAGAGUCUCCGAAAAGAAAAAGAUCGUCAUUGAUACCAGUGGAAUUAACGGCUUUUUCUACUGACGAAAUAUGACGAUCAAUAAUCUCAGUUUCAUUUCGCAAAUUGGGUGGAAUAUAGGAAACUCCGAUUACGAAUUAACAUUCACUGUUGUUAAUUGUUACCCACACUUGCUCGAGUGAAUCAUCAGCAGCCUCUGCUAGCAGCGCAGAAAACAAUGAACGCCGAACGGCAAUGACUACUCCGCCGCCCCUUGCUUUGCUGCUAUUCAGUGAGCUACGAUCAGAGCGAUAUAUUGUAUAGUCAGAACCGAACAAUUGCGCUGAAGAGAUUUGUUCAUCUAGCCAAGAUUCUGUCAAAAUGAUACAAUCAUAAAGCGAAUCGGAUACUGCCAGCGCAAAUUCUGUUAUUUUGCUGCGUAAACCGUUAACAUUCUGGUAGUAAAAAGUCACUGGAUUGUACGAAGAUUCGAGUCGUUGCUGGGCAGAUAGGAUGCUGUUAACAGUUGGCGACAAAACUGGGCUGGAUAUCUGUAGCGGCUCAAAUUCUGCUGAUGGUAACGAGCGAUUCACGACGGUCACAGGUGCUGGUGGUAAAUGCGCCUCAGCUACGCUCAGCUCGAUGUGGCGAGAUGUGCUAUGGGGUACGAAAUCUGCAUUAGUUUUUUGAGAGUUAAAAAUUUGUAAUGACUUAACUAGACUGGGGGCCGGUUGGCCCCCAGGAUCCCUCGGAGGUUGCGCAGCUAGUUGAGAGGAACAAGAUGAGGACUUGUUGCAGGCUGCGAUGGUACGGUUCGGGGAAACUUCGAUGCUUUUGGUUUCCAAAAAUCCGAUGAUGCAUUGCGUUCUUCGAACUACCGAAAAUAGAUUCCUUUCGGCCAGUUAUUAGCAUCAAGGGCGGCAUCUUUCAACUGUAAGUCAAUGCCGACUUUAAAGGAAAUAAAAGCGAGGAAUUUAACAUCAGCAUCUUUUCUAACAAGCUUCUUAACGACGGGUUGUAUGUCGGAUACGCAAUCACGAACGAGAGCAGCUAUUUCAUCCUCGGACACAUGAGGGGCGAUGCGCGAGAGGUAAAUCCAAAAUUUUGCAGUUGGUUGCGGGACGGUUUCGACUAAAGACGGAAAGUUUUCGACAGCUUUAGUUCCACUCAAUAAACCAGAAAACACUCUUGGUCGCUUAGGGGUGUCGCUCGGGGAAAUCACUCUAGGGCGCUUAGAACUGCGAUUAGCCGACAACAUUACUGGUGUUGUAUUUGUUAAAAGCUUAUCAGAAAUCGAUCCUAUGAAAGCAUUUAUUUGUCCAAGUUCUUUCUUCACUUCAUUCAUACAGCAGGUGAUUGAGUCUGCAAAAGCUGAUGUGGUAUCGAUAGCAGUAUCUGAUGAAUGUUUCGUCUUCAGAUUCUCGAUAGACUUUAAGCAAUCUGCGCAGAACCAAAGCAAAUUGGGCUGCCCAUUGACGAAAUCCAAAUUCGAUCGUGCCCAGCCGAAGCAUUUCAUGUGUGCGACACUAUCGCAAAGAUGACAUUUUAUUAGGUUAAGGUUGGUGAUCGGCUGCGAGCAUUCGUAACAGUUUUUAUCCAUUAUAGCUGGAGCUUUUUGUCUAUCGGACGGCAUAUAUACAGGCGAUGCAAUGACUGUAGCGAAGUUGAUGUACGUGGCGGUAAGGCGUGGAUGGUAAACGUUGAAAACACUUAUAGUCGUUGAUCACAGAUUGCGCGUCGAGAGUAAAAAUUGAACGUCGUUGUUGAGGACGGAGAAGAUGCAGGUUCCAAACAAAAAUACACUUCGGCUCUAUCACUGUAACCGGUUUUGGUGCACUGAAAAUCCACUUUACUAUGGAGCAACUAUAUCGCGGUAAAUUAACAGAGUCACUUUCACAGGAUUUAAAUACGGAUAUCAAGUACAAAAUGUAGAGUAAAUACGAGCUCAAAAAUAGUCACUCAAACGUUACAAAGGCAGAGUUCAAACGAUAUAAACAAAUUGCAAGGAAUCAAUGAAUUUGAAAUGUUUAAUAUUAUUAAAUUAAACAGUAAAAUAGGCGGGACGAAGUUUGCCGGGUCAGCUAGUAUCCUAUAAAACGCAAUAUUAAAUUAUAUAUGGAGCAAUUUGACGCGUCAUAUAAAGUUGCAAAAUGCGACAUUCCUCGGAGUCGUAUAAAAAGCAAUUAAAAGAUUCAAAUGAGGCUAUUUAAUAUAGCCUGCGAAAUUAUAAGAAAUCGUAACCAAUGUUUCUUACGAUGUACGUAUAUGGCCUCCAGAUUUGUACACAUAGGUGUAUUUCAUGCAUCUUAUAUGAUCAUUUUCUACCAAAUAAUUCACUUAACAGAGUUGAGCGCGAGUUAUACGCCAAACCAAUUUGUUUGCUGGGUGUCCAUUAAAGUACUGCUUCUACCUGACGUCACGACCGCCUGACAUCCGUGAGAAGGUUCCCAUACGCGUCGUUGCAAGUGUCGGCUUGCGGCACAUAACCUCUGCGAAACUGGUUUACCUUCUCAUUCAACUUCUGUGUAUCGCUGGAACGGAACCGCUGCUCAAGUUGUCCGUGUUCAUGGUUCUUUUGAUGGCGCUUCCUUCCCUGUCGAACCAGUUGUUUCUGCCGAUUGGUGCCCCUAUCUCUGGUCUCACCGUUGCAGUCUCUCUGAAAGCCGGAUCUGCUUGAUAUUAAACCGCGGGAUUAGUCCUCGGGAAGCUACAAAGUUAACGCCUCAGUAUGUAAGCUUUUUGGGUCGAUUACCGGUUUGUGCAUUUCUUUCCUUCCGGUCUGAGCGUUCAUGUCCGGCGAUCUUGAUGUCUCGACCGAACAGCUCUCGUAGAGUUUCUCUAAACGUAUGUAAAACGCUUCUUUUUCGACAUCGGGUCUUCCAUUGUGGGGGCAGUGAACGUUGAGCCAAGUAAUGCGCGUAUCCCUCCGCAGCCAGGAAGUUCCGGAGCUGCUAAAUGGUGAGCCGCAGGAUUCGGCUAUGCCGUGCCUGUUACACGGUCGACAGUUAUAUCCGUACCGCGAUUGGUGCGUACGUUGGUAAUGUCUGAGAAACGGGGUUUCAACUCAUACAGUAGGACCAAGUCGCCACCUGGAACGUUCAGCGAUCUCUAGUUUCAUGAAACGAGCUUCCAAUCGACGUCCUAGCUCCUCUUGGGUAGCUGACGAGACACCGCAUUUCGCAUUUCAGCCGUUCCUCUGGAGCACAGACGCUGUUUGGGCCGCUUUUCCUUGAGUACAGGCACUCGGGGUUAGAUGCUUGUAGCGGCGUCGAUUCGCAAUAAGAGAACUUUGUAAAGUUUUGUAGAGCAGUUUCCUUGCCUUCCUGCUUAUAGUCUGCUUGUCCGGGAAUGUUUUCUUUCAUGGUAUUCACACCUAACUUUCGUGUCAGAAGGCUGUUUGCUGUAGUAAACGUAAUGAACAUUGCGCGGAUCAUGCAAAACAUUGUGAGUAUCGCUACGACAACUGUUUGCUAUAGUGUAAUAACGUCGAAAAUAUAUUUCUCCGAAGUAAGAUUUUAUGCGUAAUGCCUGCUUAAGGCUCCAACGUUCUCUUUUUUUCUAUUUCGAAAAGAUCAAAUGAAGCCGUUCUUCCUGAAAACAACUGAUUUUCACUUUCCUUGUAAACAUACGAAUUGUACUAAAUAUUAUUAUAAUUAUACCCGCACUUCUAUUAUUAGCAAUACUGCUAUUGAGAAGUUCCUUUAACACGCUAUCGGCUCUAGUAAACCGAGCUUCCUUCCUCCUGCCAAAUAUCGCGAAUUAAAAUUCCCUGGAGAAGUGGCGUUGUGCGUCCUUCUGGCCAGUUUUAUUGAUAAGAGAGACUUAUUUUUGUUAACAGGUAGUCACGCAAAGGUAUUAUAGAAUUCAGAUUAAAGGAAGGGCAAGUGUUCGAGGAGCUUGAGCAUAAACUCAUGCUUAAGUCAUUUUUGACAUCGAAUGGCCUGAUUCUACUAUGAUUUGAACCCACGACUUCUUGUUUGACAAAUCGGACUCUGUAACCUUGAAACUAAGCAGCCAUCGAAGCUGUUUGACCCUUAGAGGGUUACUUCCAGAAUAUGGUGGUACAAAACAUCGACUUCAUUCAAUAUUUGCAAUAGUUCAUAAAGUUGUAACUUUUGAGCGGUUUGACCAAUUUUGAAUCAUUUGGCGUCAAAGUGAAGGUAUAAAUAUGCCUUUCAAGAACAAAUAUCAAUAUGUAGGUACUUUAAACAGCAAUAACUACGCAAACUUAAUGAUACAAACCGUAUUUUGCAGUUUCGUCGAGUUCAUGCAAUGCAGUAUACUUUUAAAGAUACAUUUCAAAAGGUCCUAUCUGCUUUGAUCGAUUUUUUGAUCGAUCACUUUCAUUCAAUCACCACAACGCAUUAAAUUCCCUUUUAUGACGCGAUAUUUGUACAAACUGAUAGCGGAGGGAUCACUCUUGCCUUCUGAACGAAAACCACGCUUGGGAGAAUCACUAGAGCUGAACCAUUACCUAAAUGAAAAGACCCUCCGGAAAAACGAUGAAAGCAGAUAGGACCUUUUGAAAUGUUCAUCUAGACUUAGGAAUUUACGCGUUUUUUUUUGUACGCGGAUUUUCAAGAAAAAUCGUUUUUUACGCGGCAAUGGCUUUUCAUUGUCAAAUCGCUUGAAUACAGUAAUCACCCGAUUAUAUCAGUACCCGAUUUGUCUGCCCCCGAUUUUAUCAUCAUACAACAUUUUAUUGAAAAAAUGUCAGGGUGAACUGAUUUAAUAUCACGCUUCAAUAUUUUAGUACUUUUUCAUAAUUCUGUGUAGAAUAACAUCAUUCUGGAUGUAGUUUACAUUAAAAAUUCAACCGUUGCACAAUGUUACAUCUUGCUGUUUUCGAAUGAAUAGUGAUACCAGAAAGGUAAAGAGGGCAUUCGAUGGAGCUCGAUGAUAUCAAAAAAUGUCUGACAUGCAUGCUUGGUAAAAACAUCAUAGCAAAUUGAGUAACACACAUUUCGAAUCACGUCAGCUCAUCAUCAGUUGGUACACAGUUUUUGUUGUGUGUAUUUUUCAUACAUUUACGCAGUGUCCUUGCCAUCUCAAGCGAAAUAUGUAUGGCGUUAUCCAUAAAUUAUGUAAGGACUUUUUUCGAAAUUUUCAACUGUUAAGAUCGCAGCGAUAAGUAAUUCAAAAAAUUUAAAUUUUUUCAGUUUUUUUAUUUUUUUUUAAUCUUACGUUAGAUUCUCUCGAACCCCCCUCUUCCCCAUCGCGAGCCAGAUGAGAAGCUAGAGAAAGACGAUGUAUGUAUGGAACUGAUUAAAAAGUUUUUGUUACAAAAUCUGUUUUUCCUUCCGAGUGCCCGCUUUGGCUUGUUCAGAAAAGUUGUAGGCAACUAAAUUAUCUAUCUAAAAAAUAUUAAAAAAAAAACAGUGAAGACCGGUUUUUCAUAAUAACUUUUUGUUUUUGAAAUAAGUUUUUUUUAGUACAGGAUCUCGAAUUGAAUUUUUUCACUAUUUUUUUUUAUAUAAUCUCAGACAGUUUUCUCAAACAACUUUUCUCUAUCUAUUGUCAUUAUUCAGAUAUAUCGAUUUACAAAAAACACAACUGCAGCUUUCUCAUAUGUUUGUACAGAUAAAUUUUCCCAAAAAAAAAUUAAAACUACUGAUUUUACGUAUUUAGUUAUUGAUUUAACAGCUUCAAUUAAAAAAAUUAAUAUUUAAAAAAUUUCCCGACUUUAUCACUUUCCCUAUUUUAUCACCCCAAACAGCAUCAGGGGGGUGAUAUAAUCGGGUGAUCACUGUAUUCACUGAUUUUGCCUGACGUAUUUAUAUAUUUCCUUGAUAUUCAGCUCAAUUUAAAGGUGGAAAUUAUACUGCUGUUAAAUCUUUUGUCGAAAGUAUUUAGAAGAAAUGAUUGAAACCCAUUACCAAAUGAAGAUUUUUUCAUGCAAACUCUAAUGUUUACACGGUUUUUACGCGCUACGUAUCCCCUGCGUAAAAUAGACUUUAUUGUGUCAUGAAGCUCACCGUAUUUUGCCGUUUUGGAGGAUUCAAAAAAAACGAAAGGGUCUUCUGGGUCUCGAACUUAUCAAAACAGCAAAAUAUAGUUUGUAUCAUGAUUUUCGCGUAGUCAUUUUUAUUUUAAAUACAGUUUGGUAUUUUUUCUUGGAGGGUGCAUUAUCACUACCUUUAGUGAGAAGUCAAAAGAUUUAAAUUCAGUUCAGCGGCUCAAAAGAUACAAAAAUUUUGAAGUUGCACAUUUUCAAAAAAAGUUGAUUUUUCGAGCCACCCCAUUUCAAAAAGUAUGAUUUUAUUCUGAACGUUGAUUUGAAUGCACCUAUUUACUGAUAGCCUUGAACCACAAUUUGAAAAAAAGCUUCGCAGAUAGCAACAUAGAGCAUCAACUUCAGCUCAAAUGUAUGAUUAUUCUACAUGUGAAGAUAAACUAGAAUAUCUGGAGAUUUUAUCUGGAGAAUCGAAACAAUUUCGAUCGUUCUAAGAAUGUUGAAAUUUGAUGCGAGAUCAGUACUAUCUCGCAUCAUAUUUCAACAUUCUUGGAACGAUCGAACAACAUUUUUCAAAUAACCUCCACCCACCCCAAGCUGUCCACGUGGAAUGCGGAUGGCCCCUUAUGGAGAUUUUCAAGCGCGAAGUGGUUUUAUUGAUUGCGUCAAUUUUUCGCGAACAGGAUAUACAGAAUCGAGAAUAAGCGAUUUAAAGAUUUAUUACCAAACGAAUUCAAACUAAAAUAAUCAGACCCAUCCACCUUUAAAACAAACAAUUCCAUUCCGGGUGUGGUUUCCGUGCAGUGAUUAAAUAAGCAAACAGCACCCAUUGAACGCAAAUCAACCAAAAAAUAACUGAUUCGGUUUGUCGAGAAUACAAAGCGGCCAGAUGAAACUGAAAAUCAAACAGCUUACUAACGAAAUAUAUGUACUGAAGAUAUAUCUUUUGUAUUGUUCGAUUAAAUAUAGCGAAAAAUAUGAGAAUCAAAAUUGAAGCACAGAAGAGAAUCAAACUUCCAGUCACACAUUGGGGAAAGAGAAAUGAUAUUUUUGUAAUAAUCGUUUUGUAAAUAGGCACCCCCUCCCACUCACCGCGGCAACUAGAUGGCAGUGCAACUCGGGUGGUGGGUUGUAGCAAACUGUCAAGUCACAGCUGCUGAAAUCCCUUCGCUUAUAGCACUCAGCGUAUCCGGUCCCGCAAACACCCACAUAGACAUACAAUAUUGCAUGUAGCCAUUACACACAUUUAUACACACACAGGCAGCCAUGGGACGCUCUUGGUUUGAAUGAACAUGAUGGUUUAAUCUGAUUAUUUGAUGAUCAUUGUUUUUGACUGGCGCUUCACCUUCUGUCGAUGCAUUUUUGCCUCUGAUUGAAAUGGAUACUAGCGUGCGAACAAAAAACAACAUUGAAACCCUGUUUGCUUUCGUAUGCAUUGUGUUUGCUGAAACAAGAUAUCAUCGAUAUGCAUGAAUUAAUUCUGUCAUUGUUGACGUUAUUAAUAAUACUAUCAAUAUCCGAUGAGCGCUUUUACUUUUGUGGCAUCAGUGUCUGCUUCAAACAAAAGUUGAAACACAACAUUUAUUACUGCAUGAUGAUACUUCAUUCCAAGGGUAUUAUAUUUUUGCAUUGGAAUUAAUGCUCGCAUUCACCGGGAAUCAGAAAUUAUUUUCAAAAGCUACACAGAUAACAAUAUCCAACUCCUCAGACAGACGAACCUCACCAAAUCAUCAUCCUUCAUGCUGACAUGGAUGCUCGGCAAAUUGCUCCCGGCAUCCAUCAUCUGUAGAGUUGACUAUACGAUUUCGAACGUAAAUUAGCAAACAUUCCCACAAGUGGUUAAAAUGUUUCCGUAGUUUAAACAAACGAAAACACUCGAACAAACACACACAAGUCCCAAACUGGCCCUCGUUUGGCACAGGGAGACGAAUGAAUGAUAUUUAUGUCCUGCCAGUAUCUAACGUCCAUGAAAAUAGUUGUUUGUAUAGCACUCUUACAUAGAGAAUGAAAGCAGAGAAUUUAGUAAGCAACUGUGCCGCUGUAGAGAGCGAAGAUUAAUCUUCGGAAUUGGUUUUGAUGCGGCAGUAAUAGUGUGAUGAGAGAAAGUAUUAUUUUCGUGGCUCUAUCGUUUAUCGUAGUGAUAGGAAAGAAUUCAACAACAAAAAAAAGGAAAUUGCUUCAGGCGCUUGCAUUACAUGUUAGAUUCAAAGUGCAAAACAAAUUAGCAAACAACAGUAUUAGAACAGCAUAAAUCAAAUCAGUAAUAGAGAUAAACUAACGCCGGAUGCCUAAGCUCUGAAACUUUUUGUAAGUGUAGAAAUUCAAUCACGCAGACAAAAAAAAAACAGAAAAAACAUAUUUAAAAAUAAACCGCUACCAAAGAAGUGAAAAUGUGCGACUGAACAACAGAACAAAAAACAAAAUUGCACAUUUUUGUACAUCUAUUGACAAACCGCCUAGAAUACCGAACUCCUUCCGAUAGUUUAUUUUUCUAUAAAUUACCACUCAUCAGGCAGCUUCGAAAAUCAGGCAGUGUUGUAGCGUUGUUAUACUAACUAGAAAACAGAAAAAAAAACAUGACUCUGCUAAACUUAUUAAAGCGUAGCUUAGGCUUACUAGGAUAGCUUAUCAAAUCUAAAGCAUAAGAAUGACCCGCCUCCAAUUGCGAAAGAAAAACAAAAAAAAACAUAAUGAAGUGCAAUAUAUAUUUUUUUCUAUCUUAAACGCGUGUUUCUAGCGGUGUGUGUGUAAAUUGAUGUCGAUCAUUGAGUAUCUGACAUUAAGCAAACGAUUGACACGUUAAUGCGCUAGGAAUUAUCUGGCUAACAGGUUUAGAACCGAAUGUCAAUGCAUAUGUACACUUUCCCCUCCUCGCUAUGACCUUUUAACAAAUCAAAAUUAUCGAAUCAGGAUGUGCAAUGUAAGAAGCAGAUAGUUGGUAGGUACUGGUUUACAUGUAAAAUGUAUAGUUAUAUAUUUAAGUGUAAGAGAAACUGUAGUCGAAGAUGAAACACUUUUGAAAAGCUGGAAAUUAAAAUAUAUGUUGUUAUAAUUACGUCGUUC